AUGCCUCAACUAGACCCCUCCCCAUGGUUUGCCCUCUUAGUUUUCUCAUGACUUGUCUUUACCACAAUUGCUAUCCCAAAAACACUCAACCAUGAAUUCCCAAAUGAACCUGCCCCCCAAACCACACAAACAGAUAAAACCACUCACUGAACCUGAUCAUGAUAG